AUGGGCAGCAGACGAAUGAAAUCGUCGCUGCGGUGCGUCCUGGUUGCACUGCUAGUGAUCACUCAAGUGGUUAGCGCUCGCAGCUGGAACAGUACGACGACAGCGCCAACAGCAACGACAGAAACCCCAACCGUGACAACGGCAGCUCCAUCCGCAUCGACUGCAUCAGCAAGUGCUGAAGCUACCGAGACCCCGACAGGUACUGUCGCGGCUGCAACUACUACAUCUCCCGCGGACACGGCGUACAUUUGCAGUGGCGAUGAAGUAGCCCGGCUCACAAAACUCAACGAGAACAACCCGUACUUAAUGUCGGAAUGUACCAAAUCGGCCGGCAUCAGUUCGUAUACGUUCCCUUUCAACGGGGAGCUCAGCUACGCUCAAAUGGUGGCCAUGAGCUCCGUCAGCCAGUGCGGAUACUACUUCCGAGCGGUGUUGCUGGUUCAGCUCCAGGAAUGCGUCGAUGCCAACGUCUACAUUCGAACGAUCGCAGAGACCAUCCUCCAGCUUGCCAACACUUCGGGUGACGCACCAACGGAGGCUGAGGUCAAUGCAGCGAUCGCAGUUCGCAAGGCUUACAACCUGGCUCUUCGAGACGGAGGCGGAUCGGCAUCGUACUCGGCCACGAGCGGGGCAUCGGUUUUAACCUGGAGCAUCGAGGGUGACACUAUCGACACGACAGCCACGGCCAGCGUCACGGGUCAACUAUUAUUGAGUACGGACUUGCAGGUCAUUGGCACGUACUACGCGUCUCCCGAUUCCUCUUCGUCCGCUUCGACCACCUCCUCGAUCGAGGAUAGAAGGACACCGGGACAGAGCACUGACAGUUCUGCUAGGAAGGAAACUUUCUCGUGGCUCGUAGCGUUUGUAGUCACGUGCACAGCUUUGUUGUUGCAGUCUAGCUAG